AUGAGUUCGUCUGAAGAUGACAUUCCUCUUGUUCGAGCCAAUGGCCGCGCCAAUGCAAAUGCCUCGUUGAAUCAGUCACCUGUGACGAAUGGGAAUCUUGAAGCGGGCAUAUCCAAGCGAUUUGGCCCUGUGCAGGACAAAGACGAAGAAAUGAAGGAUGCGGAUGCGCCGAUCAUGGCCAAGCGCAAGUCACGGACUAGCGUGCAAGCCAAAUCAUAUGCGGAAGCCGAGAGUAGUGAGGAAGAUCAGCCUUUGAGUAAACGCCGACGCACAUCGGUCAAACACGAAGACCCAGAAUCGGAAGAUGACGUUCCUCUUGCGGCCAACGGACGAAAGCUUCCAAAGGCUUCCGAGACAGCUAUCGGUGAAGGGUCAGACUCGGAUGUCCCCAUCGAGCGAAAGCUAGCCUCGCAGAAGAGAAAAAUCGAGAAGCGGGCUGAAAAGACCGCUGUUGAUAUGCGCAAAUCUGCGGCCUCGAAAGCCAAGACCUCUGCGACCAAUAAAAAGCAAGCAAACGGCGUGAAAAAAGAGGCCACCGACGAUAAAUCUUCGCUGAAGAAAGUCAAGGCUGAGCCAGCCUCUGCGAAGAAAGGCAGAGCUAAGGUCAAGGCAGAGAGCGAGGACGUGGAAGACGGCGAGGAGGAGUACCGCUGGUGGGAAGAUCCUACAAAAGGUGACGGAACCAAGAAAUGGACUACCCUUGAACACAACGGCGUGGUAUUUCCUCCGCCAUAUGAGCCUUUGCCGCAGAAUGUUAAGAUGAAGUAUGACGGCGUGCCGGUGACUUUGCAUCCCGAUGCUGAAGAAGUCGCCGGUUUCUUCGGAAGCAUGCUCAAUUCAACCCAUAACGUGGAGAACCCUGUCUUCCAAAAGAACUUCUUCAUGGACUUCAAGGAAAUUCUCAAGAAGACUGGUGGCGCCAAGGAUCCAAAGGGCAACAAGGUGGAUAUCAAAGAAUUUGCCAAAUGCGACUUCAAACCUAUCUUUGAGUACUACGAGGCUCAACGUGAGGCCAAGAGGAAUACGCCGGCUGCUGAGAAGAAGCGUCUGAAGGCUGAAAAGGAUGAGCAAGAAGCUCCCUAUAUGACCUGCAUCUGGGACGGUCGCUCUCAAAAAGUCGGUAAUUUCCGCGUCGAACCACCGUCACUUUUCCGUGGUCGAGGUGAACACCCGAAGACUGGUCGUGUCAAGACUCGUGUUCAGCCAGAGCAAGUGACGAUCAACAUUGGGAAAGAGGCUAAGGUUCCUCCACCACCCCCCGGUCACAAAUGGAAAGAAGUGAAGCAUGACCAAGAGGGUACAUGGCUUGCUAUGUGGCAGGAAAACAUCAACGGCAACUACAAAUACGUGAUGCUGGCCGCGAACUCCGACGUCAAGGGUCAAAGUGACUACAAGAAAUUCGAGAAAGCCCGAGAACUCAAGAAACACAUUGACAAGAUUCGCAAGGACUACACCAAAAACAUGAAGAGUGAGCUCAUGGUUGAGCGCCAAAAGGCAACCGCGGUUUACCUGAUUGACAAGUUCGCUCUCCGUGCCGGUAACGAAAAAGGCGAAGACGAGGCAGAAACCGUCGGUUGCUGCUCAUUGAAGUAUGAGAAUAUCACCUUGAAGCCACCCAACACUGUGGUCUUUGAUUUCUUGGGUAAAGACAGUAUUCGCUUCUACGAUGAGGUUGUUGUCGAUACUCAGGUCUUCAAGAACCUGAAGAUCUUCAAGAAAGCCCCCAAGAAGAACGGCGACGAGAUUUUCGACCGCUUGACUACUUCUGCUCUGAACAAACAUUUGCAAAAUUACAUGCCUGGGUUGACUGCGAAGGUUUUCCGUACUUACAACGCCUCUUUCACGAUGAGCGAAUUGCUCAAGGACAUGACGGCUGCGGGAACAAUCCCUGAGAAAGUCAAGGCCUACAACGAUGCAAACCGUCGUGUCGCCAUCCUUUGCAAUCACAAGAGAACGGUCGGCGCAGCACAUGCGAAUCAGAUGGAAAAAAUGAGUGAACGCAUCAAAGGGCUUCGUUACGAAAAGUGGCGUCUCAAGAUGCAGAUGCUCGAUCUGGAGCCGACGUUGAAAAAGAAGAGAGGCGCGGCCUUCUUCCAACUUGACGAAGACUUGACACCUGAAUGGGUCAAGGAAUAUCAAGCCUACAAGGUCGACGAGAUGAAGCAGAAGAUCACCAAGAAAUUCGAGAAGGACAAUGAAAAGCGUGUCGCUGAUGGCGAAAAGGAAAUGAAGGUCUCUGAGCUCAACGAGCGACUAAGUGCAGUCAAGGACCUUGAAAAGAAAUACAGCAAAGAAAACAAGUCUGGAAAGGUCGAAGCUGAGGGUCGCGCGCCUACCGUUGAGAAGAUCGAGGCAAACAUCCAGAAACUGGAGCAGCGCAUCGACGCCAUGAUCCUUCAAGCACAGGAUAAGGAAGAAAACAAAGAGGUGGCCCUGGGCACAUCGAAAAUCAAUUACAUCGAUCCACGCCUCACGGUCGUCUUCAGCAAGAAGUUCAAUGUUCCAAUUGAGCGAUUCUUCUCGAAGGCACUUCGUGAGAAGUUCGAAUGGGCCAUCAAGUCUGUCGACGAAGAUUGGGAGUUCUGA